UAAGGAGUAAAAACUGCAAAUUAGAGAAACUUAACCUGUCUGAUUGUCGUCUCACCUCCAGAUCUUGCUCAGCUCUUUCCUUAGCUCUUUCUUCUCCACACUCACUACUGACUGAACUGACCCUGAGGGACAACAACAUGGAGGAUUCAGGAGUGGAUCAGCUGUGUGAGGGGCUGAGGAGUGAAAACUGCAAAUUAGAGAAACUGAACCUGUCUUUUUGUGGUCUCACCUCCAGAUGUUCCGCAUCUCUCUCCUCAGUCCUCUCUUCUCCACACUCACAGCUGACUGAACUGGACCUGAGCAAAAACAAACUGGGAGAUUCAGGAGCUCAUCAGCUGUGUAAGGGUCUGCUGACCCCAAACUGUAAAUUAAGGACACUGAAGCUGUGGCGUAAUGAGAUCAGUGAGAGUGAGAAGAAGAACCUGAGGUCACUACAAGAGGAGCUGAACAGGACUGGACGGCAGGUGGAUAUCCACACAGAAGAAGACUGAACACGCUGAACCCCUGUGACGGUGCCCCCUGUCCAUUCCCUCUAAAUUCUUCUCUUUAUUCUUUUAUAAUCUCCUCAGCUCUCCUCCACAUUUAAUAAACUAUCCAUGUCCUUCUCAGCCUGUGUUCUUCUUCUUUAAACUCACUUGUGCUUCUUCACCCUGUCAUGCUGAACUUGUCACUAAACUCCACAAGUUCAGACAAGAAACCGGCCAAAGGACCACAUUGUCAUCUGAAACCAGGGGGGGCCACAAGGCCCACCGAGGGGAGCAUCAGGAGCAAACAUGGGUGGACAGUCCAGUUGUAGGGUGAUGGAGAGUGACGCUAAUCCUGGCAUUGGUGACAAAUUCUGGACAGGCACCGGGCCAUCACAGGUCAAGCUGAUGGUCCUCUGAGCAGAACUCUCAUAAACCUACUGCUCCACAACAUUAUGUUGUGUUGUUUGAACCCGUGGCUGCUCCACUCCAUGUUCACUACCUCAUUUGCACACAAUUCAUGUCAUCUUCUGUUUGUGACUGAACAGACUCUACCAUGUGCUGAUUUGGAGUUCACACACAAAAGGCUCAGGUCUCUUUGUCUUCUUUGUCAUUCCCUAAUUGUGACCUUGCUGUCACUUCCAUUCAUGUCCUCUUUGGAGAGCAGUGGCCUGAACAAGUGAGCCAUUUAAAAAGAAAUUAGAGCAAAAGGAAAAGAUGAGGAGAGCUCAGGCCUGCUGGUGAAGAAGGUGUGAGGGACUGAUGGCCCACCCAGGGUUGGAUCUCAUGCAUUGAACCCGAUGUUGCCCUUGAACUGGACUGAGUGGGUUCAGAAAAUGGAGGGAUGGAGGACACAAAACAUAUCAUAAGAAAUAAGAGUGGAACUGGAAUGAGAGUACAAUUGCUGCGGGCCUGGAUGAGGGAGUGUGACCUCAGCUUGAAGGUGGGCUUCUCCUGGACACCUGGACAAGGAGCAGAGUGUGAACAGAUCUCUGUGGACAAGAAGACUCUGCUCUGCCUUGUGGUUCACGCAAAUUCAUGACAUUUAAUAGCCAUUGAAGGUUAUGCCUGCGGUGGGUUGGCGCCCUGCCCCGGAUUGGUUCCUGCCUUGCGCC